GCGGGAGGAGGAGCAGCGAAGUACGGAAUCCGGCGAGGGGUUGGAGCGGGGAGGGGGGGUUUCCUCCUCUUCCCCUGUUAUUCUCGAAGCCGGGCGGGACGAGCGUACAGAGUCUAUCUGCGGGCGCUGCUCCUGCUCCCUGUAAUAGCGUCGCGUGGGAAAGGUAGGCGAUACGGACUGGGCCCUUUUCUGCACAGCGGAUCCGUCUGAUGUCGCUACUAACCAUGGCCAGUUAUGAGUACGUGAACGCCGAGCAACUCGCCGGCUUUGAUAAGUACAAGUACAGUGCUGUGGACAACAACCCUCUUUCCCUGUAUGUCAUGCAUCCAUUUUGGAACACUAUAGUUAAGAUUUUUCCUAAGUGGCUGGCCCCAAAUUUGAUAACAUUUUCUGGUUUCCUGCUACUUGUCUUCAACUUCUUUCUCAUGGCAUACUUUGACCCUGAUUUUUAUGCUUCUGCACCAGAACAAAAGCAUGUUCCAAACAAAGUGUGGGUCAUAGUAGGUCUUCUCAAUUUUGCGGCUUAUACUCUAGAUGGUGUGGAUGGGAAACAGGCACGUCGCACCCAAUCCAGCUCCCCACUUGGGGAACUCUUUGACCAUGGCCUAGACAGCUGGGCUUGCAUGUUCUUUGUGGUGACCGUGUACUCCACUUUUGGCCGAGGAUCCAAUGGUGUCAGCGUUUUUGUCCUCUACCUGCUCCUCUGGGUGGUUUUGUUCUCAUUCAUCCUUUCCCAUUGGGAGAAGUAUAAUACAGAGAUUCUCUUCUUGCCUUGGGGUUACGAUAUCAGCCAGGUGACCAUUUCAAUAGUAUACAUAGUGACAUCCAUCCUAGGAGUGGAGGCCUGGUACAGCCCUUUCCUGUUUCAUUUUUUAUAUAAGGAUCUGUUUGUUGCUAUGAUAAUUGGCUGUGCACUUACUAUCACUGUUCCCAUGAGCUUGAACAAUUACUACAAAGCCUAUGUCAACAGCACCCUGAAGCACCACUCCUUCUAUGAAGCCAUGCUGCCUUUCUUCUCGCCAGUCCUCCUUUUCAUUUUGUGCACCAUUUGGAUCUUCCAGUCACCGACAGAUAUCCUGGAGACCCAUCCACGCCUCUUCUAUUUCAUGGUUGGGACCGCCUUCGCAAAUAUCUCUUGUCGAUUGAUUGUCAGUCAGAUGAGCAGCACUCGAUGUCAGCCAUUGAACUGGCUGCUUCUUCCACUUGCGCUUGUUAUCCUUGUAGUGAUGUCAGACUUGGUACCAGAACAGGAAACAAAUUUCCUCUAUUUAAUCACUAUUUUCAUCACCUUGGCACACAUUCAUUAUGGAGUCAAUGUGGUGAGGCAGCUUAGUAAACACUUCAACAUCCGAACCUUUUCUUUACAAAAGCCCAGCUCUGAUUGACUAGGCAUGGAAAAGGUAUCAUCAGAGGAAAACGUCAGCCUGCGGUCUUCAGAGGCACUGUAAAUUUGGUAGCCUGUGUAAAUAUACUUCAACCAUCACCAUGGAACUAGAUUUAACCCGCUUUGGAUGGUUUGGGGGCAAAGAACAUGUGGGACCCAGAAACCAGAGAAGGCUAUUGUUCAUGUCUCCUCCCAUGCCGCUUCAUGCCACCUUUCAGAAAUGUGUAGACAGUAAAACUACAUGAUCAGGAGAGGGCCUCAUGGAAUCUUCAAAGAAAGAUCAUCAGGCACAGAGGCAUGGAUGAUGGCUUUAGAACUAUAAGAUUGCCACAGAACUGUCAUCAUGGCUAUACUGAGAACAAGGGGCCCAUGAAACUACCCUUGGGAACUGAAGUACAUUAUUGCAAACUGUUCCACAUCCUAAAAUCAGAGACCCAGUUAUAAAGAGGGACUUUUUAUUUAAAGAAGCAAUUGAUUCUUCUAGAGAGCUCGGAGGUCACAACUUCAUUAAGCCAUGACUAGUCAGUUGUGUUUUCCCAAAUGCCUUUUUUAUCCUCCCUCCAAAUUGUGGCUUGUGCCUUGUGAAGAGAGAGUGGGGCCACAGCCAAUGCUGUGGGAGGACUCAGUAACAGACAUUCUUCCUUCAUGUUUAUCAUAGGAUUGAGAUUGUGAUAAACAACAUUACCAUCUCAAUGGGUUAAAGUAAGCUUGCACCAGAGUUAUUUGUUAGAUGUGGUACAUACUCUCUGAGUGACACUGCUUUUCUUGGGUACAAUUGAAUUUUCUCUCAUGAAAACAAGAAAUGCAAGUGAUUUUGAUCCCCGUGUUCGAUUUUAGAAAUAGUUUGUUUCUGUUUAUUACCUGGUUGGGAAUCUGUUGAACAAUUGAGUGAUGGUGAAGACCCAGCACUGAUUUUUCUCUUCUGUUUGUACUUUAUUUGAGGAAGAAUUUUUUUAUUUGUGUAUGUGUGCUUAAAUGAAGAGUGCACCCUAACCCCAAUUUUCUUGGAAAGGCUGCACCCGGAAGAAACUGAGCGCAGAAUGUUUUUUUUUCAUAUGUAAUUAACGGCAGAGGUAACUUGAUGAAUGGUUUGAUAAGGAGAUCCACUUGUUUCAUUUUCUUUUUGUGGAUGAUGCAUUCCAUUCUGCAGAAAACAUUGAGUUGUGAUAUUAUUUAUCUUUUCUUUUGUAAACAUGAAGCAUUAUGUCAAAAAACAAAGUGUACGCAGUGUAAAGUCCUAGAACUAAUUCUUGCCUUCAUUCCUAUCCCUUCUUUUCUGUAAAUAGUUUAUUUUUCUGAUUUUCAAGUUUUACCCCAAAUGCCAUGUCUGGUAUGGCAAUGAACAAGGAAAGCCCUGAUUCUCAUUGUUAGCAUGAAAAAGAAAUUUCAAGACAUGGAUGGCAAAUAAUUCUGAUUUUGGUUCUGUUUACUUAAUAUUCCAUUGCUAUGAAACAAAACUUGAAAUGGAGUUAGGGAGAUUUUUUAUUUGUAUCAGAACACUGCACAGGGGGGUAAAAUUUGGGUGUAAAGAGGAAUUGAGCUUGUGUGAAUAUUUGAUGUUGCAAUAGUUAGAAUAAAAUAAUCAGUUGUCAGUCAUAAGUGACAGUAAGAAAUAGGUCAUGUAGUUAUAGUCUCUUGGAAUCAUUUUCUGUUUUUAAGAAGGUGGUCAGUUCAGAGAAGGGAUCUGUCUUUAUGCAGUUAAGAAAUGAAUCAUUGUAGGAACAUUUGGUCUUUGGUCUCUUAAUUUGGGACAAUAGUGUUUGUCUUGGAAACAAAGAGUUGUCAGAUCAAUGGUAUAGUUUUGCACAGGCUACUGUGGCAUAAGAAUCCUUUAGACAGAAAGUGAUGGCUAUCCACAGAAGCCAAUAUUCUUGGGAAGCAGGGUUCCUUAUAUGUAUGCAGGCUUAAUGUGAGCUAGUAAAUGAUUGUUAGAUUCUGCCUAGAAGCAUGCAUAUUAUAUGGGAACAUCUACACUUGUGAUGAUCAGGAACAGUGCCACUGCAGCUUGCAGGUAACAUUUGCUUUUGCAUGAGCUUGCUGGCAUGUUUGCCUAUCUGUCUUCAUUGGGGAAAAAAAUGUGAUUCUUCUUUCCUACCUAUCAGGGCUUCUCAGUAAGGAAUUUGGUGCCUUAAAUGACUCUCCUCAAGUUGAGGGAAAAGUCAGCUGUCUUAAAAAAAAUUAUUUAAGUGUUGUCCAAGUUAAAGGAGUAGGUAUAGCACCUUUAAAAAUGAAAACAGGAAAAUAGGUUUGUGUAUUUUUCUUUAUUACUGAUUUAAAACUGAUUGCAAGUUCGGUGGGAGUCAAAUGCACCAUUUGUGGGGUUUAAAACACCCUGUUUGAGUUCAUCUCUACUGUUCUGAAAAUAAAGGUACUGAGUACUGAAGGAAUGGGGGGGGUGGACAUUUUGCCACUUGCCCUCUACUUUCAAGAGGUGGGUGUAACUACUGGUUUCAAGUUCUCCUUGAUUCUAACCUCAUCUUGCUUCCUAGAUUACCUCAGUGAAUGGAAGAUGGCAUAGAAUGUGAUGGGAGCAGUUGUAACCAGUUCUUCAGUAGUGUGCCAUUCCUUUGCAUCCUUUGUUGCCAUUUCAAAUAACAAUUCCAUUUUAUGUUCCAAAACAGAUGUCUGUUCUGCCUUGAUUGACUAUUGUCUAGGUAUCUAUGCUUUGGCCCUUGAAGCAAACCUCAGAGAAGUAGAGGAUGAUUCCUGGGCAAAGCAACUCUAGGGGCCUGAUGCACAUAACUUUUUUCCAGUCCCUCCACAGUCCUGCAAGAUUCAGCUUUUGCUAGCAAAGCUUAAUCCAAAAGUGGGUUGUAUAGAGAAGCAGCUAUUGUAAGACAACACUGGGCUGGGCCCAUAAACCAUUUGUAUAGCCCUCAUAUUAGAAUACAAUAGUUCAGAACUGGGUAUGAAUUGCAAGAAAAUCUAUGGAAUGCUAAUUAGCUAGAACCCUGAUGAUUUGUGGUUGGUGUUAAGUCCAAUAAAAAAUACACAUUGGGGCUAUGUUCAUUUUGACUUGCAGCAGUAGAUCAUUCCGGUGUUUAAACCUUACAUAGAUAGUUGACUGUUCUCCACCAUGGUUUCAGGAAAGAGUAUGUUGGAUAAAAAUAUUUCAUGAAAACUGACAUCUACCUACAGAUUCAAUGAAGGAGGCCACGGUGUCCCCCAUCCCACCCCUCCCAUUUUUGCUUGAAAUGUAAUCCUAGGAUGUAAAGCUUAAUAAUAAUGGUAUUCCAGAUCUCCCCAAUCAAUACUCAUUGAACUGAUUUCUCAGUUUAAAAGAGACCGAGAAUAGAUAGGAAUCCAUUCUCCACAUUUAAAUUGACUCUGGAAUACAGGCAAGAUAAGUGCCCUUUUCAGAGUAGGUUCUGUCUGGAAACAAUGAACCAAACAUAAAUAUUGGACCAAUUGGUUUUCCUUGCUUUUUGAUUAACUCUGUGAACUUGGCUGUCAAGUAAAAUAUCAAAUCAUCAGUUCUUUGUAAGAUACCAUACCUGGGGAGGGGGGCAGAACUUGUAAGAGAUAGCUUUCUCCUGAUUUUUUUCUCCAGAAGGGGAAAAUGAUAACUGGGUCUCUUUUGGGGAAGAGGGUGUGUGCCUUGGUCUUCAUAGGUGCUGACUGCCAGGAACAGUUUCCUACUCUUCUUGGACAAGGAAACUUCUGGCUUGUAUUCUUUGAAGCAUUCGGUCCAGCAGAUUCUGGGCAGUACAAGCUGUGUCAAAGCAAAACUGACUGUACAGAUUACUAUUGUUGUUAGUGAAAAAGAAUUUUCAAUAAGAAACUAUAUAAUGUCAUUGUGGAUUGCUCCACAGUGUGUCAUCCUUCAUCAAGAUUCAUGUCUGUCUUAUGUAUUGUGGACAGUUGACAGUCUGGCAAUGGAUUUGAAUUCUGAUCCAUUAAAUACUAUUAUUACUGAUAAAUAUUUAUUGUAUUUAAAAACUUCAAAAGCCUAUUAUGACAUAAAACGUCAAUAAAUUUUUCCAAGCUUUUUAAUAUCUCA